CUUAACAAAAUGUACCUGAUUUUGGAAGAUUUUGAGAAAAUUAAGUGGUUUUGAACGGCACUCAGCUUCUUGUAUAAAAGUUGUGAGAUAGUGGAGGUGGUCAGCCUGAAGGAGAAAGUCACGUUUAGGAAUAAGUCACAGAAUCAGAUGAAGCUGACGAUACAAGAGAGGUUCUUUACGAAAUAUAAAUGAGGUGACCAGGACACUGUAUAUGAGAUUGAUAAGAAACUUUUGAAUAAUUUGAAUAAUUUACAUGAUGUUAAAAGUUUAGCGUUUAUUGUAAAUUAUCAAGUUGUCUCUUCUUCAUCACAAAAACGUCCGUUCUUGUUGAUUAAUAAGGAGCUAGAUGAUUAUGCCAUGAAGGCUAAUAUUGGGAUCCUUGAAGUGCAAAAUGAGUUAAUGGACGAUGACUCUACUGUGAUUGAUGCUGAUGGAUCCCUAUUUCAUCACAAACCUACUAAUUUAAGCUCCUUCUUUGAGAUGAGUAACAGCUUUAAGUUGAAUGAGACCUUGACCUUUAGAUUCUCCACUCAAGGUCUUGAGUUAUCAGGAGAUUCUCAUAAAGACAGAGUCAUUCAUAUUGAGAGGCUCUUUAACUAUGGAAAUUUAUCAUAUUAUUACCAACAAAACUUAGUUAGAAUUAAACAACAGAAGAGAGAUCUUUGAAUUAAAGGAAUUCCAUUCCCUACAUUUUUAUGUUCAAAGAAAAUAGCAGAGAUGCUAGAUUGCCCAAUUCAGAUGGGAGUAGAGAUAGAUAGAGAGUGCAAUGCAGAAGGAGAUGAGCAGCCAUUUAUAGACCAAGACAACCCUAGAGUUUUAUAUGAUACUGACAUCACAAUCAUCCUGACAAACUCCACUCAAGAUUUCACAUUCGUGAUUGAACGUGACUGUAAAGCUUGCUUUACCGUUACUCAAAGUAUCAAAAGUUUGAAAAAAAGAAGGAACCAAGUUGUGGAUCCAAACCAGCCAAGGAUUGAUGAGUUUUACUCUAUUGAUAAUGCGCCGACCUAUAUCAACCCAGAUAACAUGCAAGAGAAUGUUUCACCAAUUGAAGAAUCAAAAGAGUCUCAGUACGAGAAAAGGGAUAUUAAGGUUGAGAGAUCACCCAGAGCUAUAAGACCAGAGGAAAAUCAGCCAAGAGAGAAAAGGGUUGCCGAGGAGAACAUCCUUAAUCCCAACGAAGAUGUUGAUUUCAUGGCCAAUGACCUCAACCCAAGCGAUAAGAGGAAGGAAGGAUUCUAUGACAAACUUGCUGAAGAAGAUCUGUUUUAGAGAAGUUAUCAAU